AUGCUUGAUGUGCAGCAGAGACUAGAAUCGUUGCUUCAGUGGGCCAAUGCUUCGUCAAAUGAACUAUCGAAAGCUUCCAAUGCUGCAUACGUAUCGCUGAAGCUAGAGGUCAAAGAUGUCGAGAAUGUAGGUCGUGGUAUCUAUGCGGUUCAACAAGUACAAAGAAAUGAGCGGUUGGUGCGGAUUCCGCACUCUUUUUUGCUCAAUUUCACUACGGUGGUGGCCCACAUCACUAAACACAACUCGCUGAUUGUUUUGUCCGAUCCGAUCUUCUCAAAUUUGCAGAUUCCGCCGGCCAAACUCGAUGACGUAGGAAAGGUGUACUCAAAGUUCACCUACGAGACCUUGACUGCACUCUCGUCCUUUCAGAUAGUGAGCUUAUUUCUAAUAUUGGAAAGUCAGCGGCCAGGAUCCUUUUGGGGGCCGUUCAUGGAUAUGCUACCGGAAACGGAGGAGAUGGGCCUUUCGCCGUUGGUUUGGACCGUUCAACAGCACCCCGAAGCAGAAAAGUUGGUUUCUCUUUUACCGAGGUCCGCGCGGAAACACGCAGAUGCAAUCCACUCGAGGUUCGUCAAGGACAUGGCUGUGGUUGAGGCAUUGCUUAAAGAAACAGACUAUUUCACCACAGACCGAUUUUUGUGGGCCUGGAUGUGUAUCAAUUCUCGUUGUCUAUAUCUCGAAAUGCCAUUGGGGAAAAGCACAGAUGACAAUUUCACCAUGGCGCCCUAUGUGGAUUUCCUCAAUCACCUGUGUGACGACGAGUGUGGCAUCAAAAUCGAUACCUCUGGCUUCCAUGUAUAUGCAUCGACGCAAUAUAAACCUGGGUCUGAAUUGUUUUUCAGCUAUGGGCCUCACUCCAACGAAUUUCUCUUGUGUGAGUACGGCUUCGUGUUGAAUGAAAAUAAGUGGAACUAUAUCGAUGUAUCGGAUUACAUCAUGCCCUUGUUUCUGCCAAAACACGUGGAUUUCCUCAAAAGAAAAGGCUACUAUAAUGACUACACAAUUAAUAGAGACGGCAUGUCUUUCCGCACAGAAGUGGCAUUGGCAACCCUUCAAGAGUCAGCGCCCGAUGACAGCUCAAGACUCAACAGCCUAGUGGACGGAUUGAUUCACGGCGCUGCUUAUGAAGCCCGUUCACAAGCCUUGCUACUGCAAAUUUUACAAAAAAUAGCUCGCGAUAGCACAAAGAAGCUCGAGUCAGUCUCACGGCCUGGUCUGCCUCAACAGGAGGCAAUAUGUGUUUUGCAUGACGGCAUUUUGGAGAUAUGCUCUGCUAGAGGAGUGACAUUAUAG